AUGACAAAACACCAAAAGAACAACAAGAAUAAGAAACCUAAGGCUCGGGCCUCCUCGGCCCCAUACGCUAAAGUGAUCAUCUGCAUCACGUGCCCCAUCGGGGCAACAACAACCGCUGCAACCGCAGCAGGAGGCCGCUCCGGCGGCAAAGAACAGCCACCAAAAGCCCCUGCCGGAUCUGUUGCUGAGGCCGAAAAGAAAGUUGCUCAUUUUAAUGAGUUUGUCCUUCAAAACAUGGCCAACAAAGCCACGGCCGAGGAAAACAUCAAGUUUGGUGUUCGGAAACUGGCCGACUGGACAGAGCGCCUGCAGGCGCGAUCUUCUGCCCCCCAGGGGCAAUCCGCUGUCGACGAAGCGCUGGCCAAAGAAAUGGCCGAAAGAGAGGCCGAAAAGGCCAAGAAGGAGAAGGAGAAGGAAGAAAAUGAGCAAUUUUUGUUUCUCCAAGAGCCCUGUCUCUCGUGA